GAACGGAGAGGGCUUGCAAUGCGCCUGACAGGACUCCUCCCUCGCAGGCGGCCAGUUUCAAACUUGAGCUGCUGCGCCGUGUGGCUGCGGAUCCGGAGGAAGCUACAGCCCAAGGGCGGCGUGAAGCGCCGCCUGCCGCGGCGGCAGCCAGCGCCCUUUGUCCUCGGCGGAGCGGGCCAUGGAGCCGCUCAGGCCGCGGCUGCUGGCGGUCAGCGAGGAGCUGGGGGAGUCCGAGCUGGCGGCUCUGAAGUUCCUCAGCCUGGAAUAUAUCCCCAUGAGGACGCUGGAGGCCAUCCAUAAUGCAUACGACCUUUUCGAAGCGCUGCAGGAGGCAGGCGUGAUCGAGGCGGGAAACCUGUCCUUCCUGAAGGAGCUGCUUUACCGGAUCAGUAGGAUCGAUCUCCUGGUUGCCCACCUGGGCUCCAGCCGUGAGCAGAUGGAGAGAGAGCUGAAGAUCCCAGGCAGGACCCGGGUGUCGGCCUACAGAUACCUGCUUUUUCAGCUGUCAGAAGAAACCACCAAAGAGGAGCUGAAUUAUUUCAAGUUUCUUCUGGGGAAAGAAUUACCAAAAUGCAGGCAAAGCCCUGAGACAAUUACUAUGAUGCUGGACAUUUUCAUUGACAUGGAGAAGAAGGGGAUUUUGGGAGAAGACAACCUCAGUAUCUUGAAGAGUCGCUGUGCAGAAAUUAAUCCCAGCCUGUUGAAGAAAAUUGAAGAGUAUGAAUUAAACCUACUUGGUAAAACAAAUUCUUCUGAUAUCUAUAAAGAACAUUCUCAGCAGCUUGAGGCUUACAAAAUGAGUAGCCGGCCCCGGGGAGUGUGCCUGAUCCUCAAUAACCACAGUUUUGCAAAAGCCAGGGAAGCAGUUCCAGCACUGAGAAGGCUGCGGGAUCGGGAUGGGACUGACGUGGAUGCAGAGGCUCUAAGAAGAGUCUUUAGCAAGCUUCAUUUUGCAGUAGAAGAACGCAGAGACCUCACUGCAGAGGCGAUGCGCGAGACUGUGAGCAUGUACCGCUGUGAAGAUCACAAAGACAAAGACUGUUUUGUUUGCUGUAUCCUGUCCCAUGGGAAAAAAGGCAGCGUAUAUGGUGUUGAUGGGCAGGAAGUACCUAUCCAGGAACUGACCAUUUCUUUCACUGCAGAGAAUUGCCGCUCACUUGCUGGAAAACCAAAAGUCUUUUUUAUUCAGGCCUGCCAAGGUGAAUCUUUCCACAAAGGUGUGCCCGUGGAAACAGAUUCAGUAGAGCAAGAUUCUUCUGUAGAAACAGAUGCAAGAUUGCAAUUUGACUGCAUCCCUGCAGAGGCAGACUUCCUCCUGGGCAUGGCUACCCUGCAAGAUUAUGUUUCCUACAGAAACCGAAGGGAGGGGACUUGGUACAUACAGGCAUUGUGCCAGCACUUGGAGUACAGCUGUCCUCGAGGAGAAGAUAUUCUCACCAUUCUGACAGCAGUCAAUCAAGAGGUGAGCAAAAAGAGUUGCAGUGCAAAUGCAGACAAACAGAUGCCACAGCCCAGUUUCACACUGAGGAAAAAGCUCAUCUUUCCUGUCAAUUAAAUGGGAAGGAACGGCAUGGCAGAAGGAGCUGCAGCAGCUGGAGCUGUCUAGUAUCAGCUAAGAACUUCAGAACUUACUAGAAUUAAAAACUUUUAAGAAAUUAGCUGAGAAAGCUAAGACUUACAGUGACUGCUCUUAUCCCAAAGGCAACUUUUUUAACUGAAAAUACAACUGAGGAGCAAAAGCCUUAAAAAGCUGUGUUAAUCCAUAUGAUACUUUAUAUUUGAGAGCACUUCUGAGCUGGCCUGAGGUAUGUGAUUUCUUAAGAUAUGCUCAGUGUCCUCUAUCAGUUGCACUACACUGUUUUUGCAGUGGUAUUUUCCCACUGUAGCUUUACAAAGACAACUGUUAUGAAGCCUUGUGUAUUUCAUGUCUAACUUUGUUUUAUAAAAGGGAGGAACAAUACACAUUUUAUAGGAUCAUCA